AGCCCAGAAGCUCUGCGUGGUUUUCAGAGGUGUUGUCACACUAAAGCCAAGUGGACAAGGAGGAAAUCUACAGUUUUCCUUGAGUAUGAGCUCAGUCAUUCUCAAGACUAAUCUUUUUCAUGACAUUCUGAGUUAAAAAGCCCUCCAGGCAAUGAUUUUGUGGAUAACUGUGACAAAAUUCUAAUCCUAACAGGUCACAAGUCUUUAAGAUGUCCAUACCCUUCUCUCAGGGAUUCCUCUUCAAUAAAUCCAUCCCAACAAAAUAGAGAUGUGAACAAAGAUGUAUGCAGUAAGAUAUUUAUUAUAACAUUAUUAUAAAGAAAUAUAUUAUAAAGAAUUUAUAUGUGUGACAUUCCUGUGUCCCACAUACACGCGCCACCAGUUUUUGCCUUUCCCCUGUGGUACAUGAAAUAAGAAAUCAUGUGCAGCCAAUGUUCAUAAGCAAUGAAUUCUGUCACCCUCCCACCACAGGAAGCCUCUCUUCUAAGGCACCUUCACUACCUGGCUGUGCACAACUCCCCAAGGCAGCUGAUUCAUACUUAUACAUUGUUCAUUCUAAGAACUUUCUUCCUUCAAGCCAAAGAUCCACCCGCUUGGACAUUUGUAUUUUGCUUUGGAAUGAGAUUGCAUUCAUACCUACCAUGUGGUGUGUUUAGAAGGCUUUACUGGCACUCUUACUCCUCACAACCACCUGAGAACAAUUAUAAACCCAUAAGCCCUUAUCUACAAUUCCAAAAUAAAAAAUCUCAGAUGAAACAAUAGUUUUUUCAUAACUAUGGCCCAAAACCUGACCUGAACCAUCACAAUUGUAUUUCUUGUAUUUAUUUAUUUCACUUAGUGUGAAUAUUCAUAGAGUUAGCUGCAGAAAUAUUGAUGUUUGAUUAUAGGCACUGCCCUGAAUCUCACUAGGGUAUUCCUUUAUAUAUGAUAAAGGCACUAUUUUCCCUUUCUAAAAUCUGAAAAGUUCUGAAUUCCAAAAUACAUCUGUCCCUAAAGGUGUCAAAUAAGGGAUUAGGGACUUGGACGAUUGUCCCUGCAGCCUGAAAGAAGUGAAGAGACUUGUUGGGGCUCUUCAUUACUUUAAACUCUUUGUUAUCAACACUAUUCUAUAUUGCCCUAGAGGUUCUUGAAGAGAACCUCAUGUUCUCUGGAUAAUCAGCCCCCACCUGUUUAUUCCCCUCAUGCUCUCCACUCUCUUCACCCCUCAGAUAUGCUGCAGGAAAUCUGCACCUCCCUCCCCAUGGAGAUCCCAGAACAUGCCACACUGGAGGCAAACUAACAAGCAGGAUAUGGCCCAAACAGCCCAGCCCUUGGGCUCAUCACCUCCACCCAGAACUCAGUCGUCAUCUGUUUUCCUUCAGCAACUUUUAGUCUGACUCUAUGAGCCAAAAGGAGAGACAGACUUACUUAAUGUCAGGGUAGGGUAGUGUGAAAUUUAGGGAGCCCAGAGAAUCGUGGUAAUCAGACAGCAAAAGAGAGAAAAGAGAAGGUAUGGGCUUCUGGCAGAGGAGUUCAUGGGUAUUCAACUUCCCCUGUGAGCCCCCUCUAUGAAAAAUCCAAAAGAGAUCCUCAUCAAGUUUCACCAAAGUCCCAUCUCCACACCUACCUCAGCCACCCCUUUUUCAUUCUGGAACCCCCCUUAGGAUAUGAACAUGCAUCAUUCUCUGCCUCUGUUUAUCAAUAACUCUCGUUGUCUCUGUACCUCUGCAUCUCUGUCUCCUUGCACCAUCAGCUUUGCCCUAUGUCUGUAUCUCUUGUCCUUGUGUAUGUCUCUCUCUCUCUACCUUUGCCUACCUCACCCAGAAUUCCUUUCUGGAGGGAGAAGAGGUGCUAACUAUACUAUACCAGGUGACCUCUCCUUGUUAACCAUAAUAAAAAAAUGUGCUAAAUGGGCAUUAGGAGGAAAAGACUUGGUUUCACUUGUCUUAACAAGCAACUUGGGGUUUCUGAUUUGGUCGAUUGCAGCUCUCCUCUCAUCCUGCCCACUUCUUUCUCAUUACAACACUUUGCACUUCCAUCUGGCCAACUUUGUGGGAUACCUCUACAUCCUGGGCUGGGAUGGGGGAAGGUGCGCCCCAUACACAAAGAGGUCAUUAGGCACACAGGAGACUCUCCAGAGGGACUUGAGAGAGGACUAUUUGGACAGAUAAGGGUCACAGUGGGAGAGUAGAAAGGCUCUCUAGAGUGGGUCUUCUCCAGGGAAAAACCACUCUUCUUCUCCAGCAAAACAUCAGGUUGCGAUCCCUUACAGAGACACAAGAAGAAAUCACACAUAGAUCAGGGUUGUAAAAGGAGAGGACCCACUAGACACAGAUUUGCCUAGGAUAGGGGGUAGAGGAUGAAGAAAAAUUUCCUCAAAUUUACCUGGGUAAUUCUAGCUUCCUGAAAGUUCUUUCCAGUUACUAAGGUAACAUCAUCCCAAUUAGACUAUUCUCCACAUUGUCACUGCUCAGCAUGAUACCCUCCUACACACACAUGUGGUUUUCAUUGCAAUUGUAACCCACUCAUUAAUAAUGGGUUUCAACCUAGGAUGCACAUUAGAAUUGCCUCAGGAGCUUUUAGAAAUUCUGAUGCCCAGGCAUACUACAGACCAACUGAAUCAGAAUCUCUGGAAGUAGGAUCCAGGCAUCAGUAAUUUUUGAAGAUCCCAGGUAAACUCAAAGUACAUCCAAGGUGGAGAACCACCACUUUUUCUUGGUUUAAGUCCUGAUCUAUACUUCUCCCAUGUCCUUCAGGACUCUGAUCCAACCUCACAAAGGACUUAUCUACAGGUGACAAACAGCAGAGCAAAUUGCUUCCAGGAGGCUGCUGAAGGGAGGAGAGGCCUGAUCCUGUUUCCUUACAAGAACUCAGACCAAGAACUACACACACACACACAUAUAUAUAUACAAACAUACCCUAACAGAUACCUGCAUUUUCCUCCCCUAAAUCAGAAUGGAUAGGUCACUCAAGAGUAUGAACUCAGGCUAUGGGUAUAGUGAGGCUAGGAAAGUGACUGCCCUCUCCCUGCCCAAGGUCCCAUCACCCAGCAGGAGCUUUAUGACCUCAUGCUAUAGUAGGUCAGUGCCUAAGGCCUGGGUCCUCCCCUUCCUGGGCAGCUUGGGGUUCCUCCAGCAGCCACUGCCCUGCCUAACGCCUCCCACACCCCACCAUGUUGGUUGGUACCCCCCACCUGCUGACACUGGAUGAAGCUGAUGCCACCUGGACCCUCAUCAAGGAUAAGGUUAUCGAAGAACGCUUCGGGUCCAAUGUAGUGGCAGUACCUUUCCUGUCGGAUGCAGCCUGCUAUGACCUAUUGGGUGUGCUAGUGAAGCAGUCCCGCCCAGCCCACUCCCGCCUGGCUUUGCCAGGUCGGCAGGGACGGCGAGCACUACAACCAGUGGGGCCUCUACCAAAUCUCCUGGAGCAGGCAGGGUCUGAGGGUGCCUUUGCCCACUGCACUCGGGAAUACUCACCAAACGGUCGAGCAGAGAUAGCCUAUGAAGAAAUGCGACUGUUGGAUGGGCAGCCCUGCCGGAUCCGCCUACAUAUGGGCGGCCUGCGCAAGAGGGUGGCCUUCCUGCUGCUGCCACCAGGGCAGGUGAGCCUACAGCAGACUCUUCCCUGGCUCCGAAGCACCCACAGCAUCUAUGUCAUCUACCAGGUCUUCUGCUGUUCCUGGCUGCAGCUAGGGGUGUUGCCUACAGCCCAUGAGACCCAGCUACUCCGGUUACAACGGUCACUGCCUGUUGCCUUCUCCUGCCUCAAGUUUUCACUGAAGCCCAAGGGGGUGCUAGGACCACAAAAGCCCCUGACCAAAGACCCACUGCCCCAUGGGGCCAAAUGGGUCAGACCCAACCUCAGCAUCAUGCCAUCUCUGGCCCCAUCAGCCCCUACCGAUACCCUCGAAGCUGCUGAUGUGCCUCUACCUGUCCCAGCCCCACCUACACCACCUCCCCAGGAAGGGCCAGAGGGCAGACCCACCAGAUGCUCCUACAAGGGCCGAAACCCAUUCCGAAGGGGACCCCAGAUGCUGUCAGAGAACUGGCUCUUCAGCCCCCGCAGCCCUCCACCAGGAGUCCAGGGUGGGGGCCCCGGGGACCCCGACCGGCACUCCAUGUCCCUGCCCCUGCUGCAGGGUCUGUCCUCGGAGUUCGACAGCGACGACUGAAGCUGAAGCGAGAGAUGCAGGGGGUGAGACCCCUAAGAUCUGGCAUAGGGAUACUGGUCCCCAAUAAACAUGAGCUGCUGUUCCCCCAAACUAUCCUGGGCCCAUGCUGCUUCUUCCUUCUGGGGUCUGGAGAAAGGGGAGUGUCCCUACUUUUUUCCCUAGGCUUCAUGUCUCCUCACUCUCUAAGGGG